AUGGUGGCUAUCACAGACGCUCAUGAUGAUUUAAUUCAUGACGCCGUGCUCGACUACUAUGGCAAAAGAUUGGCAACGGCUUCCUCAGACAAGACCAUCAAGAUCUUCGAUAUCGAGGGAACCGAGAACUACAAGUUGGUGGAAACCUUGGUUGGCCACGAUGGUCCCAUUUGGCAAGUAGCAUGGGCGCACCCUAAAUUUGGCUCGAUCUUGGCCUCGUGCUCGUAUGAUGGUAAAGUAAUUGUGUGGAAAGAGCAGCCUGACCUGAGAUGGUCUGAGAUUGCAACUCACGCGGCUCACCUGGCUUCGGUAAACUCUGUUUCGUGGGCACCUCACGAGUUGGGUGCUGUUUUGUUGUGUACUUCAUCUGACGGAAAAGUUUCGUUGUUGGAAUUCAACGAUGAUGGAACCACAUCCCAUGUUAUCUUCGAUGCCCACGCGAUUGGCGUGAACCUGGCCUCCUGGGCGCCAUUGGGCGCUUCAAGCGCCAAAGAUGUUGGAAAACAACAACGAAGGUUUGUUACCUGUGGCUCUGAUAAUUUGGCAAAAAUAUGGAGGUACGAUGCUACUCUGAACUCCUAUGUUGAGGAGGCAACGUUAGCAGGGCACACAGAUUGGGUCAGAGACGUUGCGUGGUCUCCAUCGAUAUUGGUCCGCUCGUACAUUGCAACUGCCUCCCAAGACCGUACAGUUCUCAUCUGGUCUCAAGACAGUCAGGGCGUCUGGCAAAAGCAACCAUUAACUCCCGAGCCAUUCCCCGACGUGUGUUGGAGAGCCUCAUGGUCAUUGCUGGGGAACAUCUUGGCUGUAUCAGGCGGCAAUAAUAAAGUGACGCUAUGGAAGGAGAACUUGAAGGGUGACUGGAUGUCUGCUGGGGAAGUAGAGCAGUAA